AUGUCAAGCAAUAAACCUGACUUCAAGAUGUCAGAGGAAGAUGAUUCUUUUCUGAAUGUUAAAAGAUCUCUGAAAAAGAGAAUGGUGAAACACAGCACCCCAGUGGACUCGAUGUUUUCAAAAACAGAUCUUACAGAUCUGACAAAUCAUCUGGCCCCAAUCAAGGGCCAAGAUGCCAGUAAGAGAGUUUAUGGAUCUCCAUUGCCAAAAUCAAAUACAAGUAGAUCAUUGUCUCAAGUAUCAUUAGUAGGCAUUGAUGCCUACUUCCCUCAUACGUCCCCUAAAAGGCUUUCAACAGUGUUUGACUCGCAAGAAUUAAAUAAAGAGAAAAGCCAAAGCACUCAGCUUGCAUUUUCUAGAAGGAGGCUUUCCACUGUGUUGGCAUCUGAUGAAUCAAAUCAAGAGCCAAGUGAUCAGGUUGUCCCAAACAUGGAAACUCAAGCUACCACCAAAGCAUCUGUGGAGGCUGCAGUAACUCGCAAGAGUGGACCUUCGUGGCUUGUUACUGGAAUACCGGGGAUUAAAGAUCUACCAAUAGCAAAACCCAGAAAGAAGAAAACUGUUAAAGCUCUUGUGAGAAAGAAAGAUAGAGAAUGGCUGCUUCGUCAACUUAAAAACAUCGAAGAGGCAACUAAACAUGAAUUGACAAUUGAAGAAGCUUGA